UGAGUUGGGUUCUUUGUGUCAGUCGGUUUUCGGAGCAGACACCUAACAGUUGGUUGACCAAUCGAACAAACAGAUUUCGAGAAUGUUGAAUGGCAAAUUCUAUACUGGUUUGCCACCAAAAAUGGUGGAACGCCAGGGAGCCAGCUCGAGAAGUUGUAAUCGCCAGGAAUCGCACUUCUUUUGGCCAGAUGACACACAGAUGGAUAGUGCCGUGGAGACGCGUGUCAAGCGACGCAAUAGUUUGCAAUUGGAGAAACCCAGACAAUUGGAUAGAUCAUCGUCGGUUCAAGUUGAUGGCAACCCAGUGGAUACUCGACAAAUGUUUCACAAGGAGUUUGCCAAAUCCUCCAUCAAUUUUUAUGAUAAUUUACAACAGGCGCCAGAUACAAAUGCCAGACCCAGAUUGCUGAGGGGCCUACGCCGCGAAGUGACACCCAAGCUAACCGAAGUUAAGCCCUACAUGGAAGAGAAGUCCAGCGAGUUAACCCCCUUGGAUAAGCAAGAUAGACGCCAACAGGCGUAUAGUUCAAAGAUUCAAUUCUACGAUUAUGUAAAUGAGGCCACGCAAAAUAAUGCCAGGAGACCUAAAAUGGAUAUGAACGAUAAACGUGAAAUGGAGCUCAAUUCCAAGAAUAGUCCCAAAUUGCAAGUGAAACGUAAUGUGCGCAGUUUGAGCAUGGAAAUGGAAUCAGAAUCACCGCCAAUUAUCACUAAGAAACCAUUAAAUGAUCAAAUAAUCACAGAGCGACGACGUCCUGUACUCUUGUUACCCAAGAAAAUCCUGAAGCAUCAGGAGCCCAAACGUGGCUCAGACUAUGUGGACUACAAUGCAAUGGACAAUGAGAUGCGUAAAUUACGUUUACGCAGUCCGGCACCCCAAAAGAAACAUGUGACCUACAAUGAAGAGGCGGCCGAGUAUGCCUACUUUAAGGAUGGAGAAGGGUUUGCCGAUGAUCGUUAUGAUCAUCAGCCAUCAUACCAUCGAGAGCAGCAGCAGCAGCAGCAAUAUUCAUCGACGCCAAAUAUGUCGACAGGAAGUCGUUCAUCACAGCGACCACCAUAUGGGGAAACUAGUCGUGGCAGUGCCAGAGAAAUACAAUCAUUAAAUAAUAAUAAAAAUCUACACUAUAAUCAUUACAAUAACAACAACAACAACAAUAAUACACGGAAAAUCUUGCCAAAAUUGCCAGAGACAGAGCCAAGAACACGAUAUUCUGAUGACACACAAGCAGCAACAAAAACCACAACAACAACUACAACAAAAACCACAUUUGAAGUGGAAGCAGCUACUCCCCCCUCUGAUCCACGUAAACACCUGCGAAGCAGCCUCUGCUUCAAUGGCGAUGCUCUGGUUGUGGGCGGCCAAGCAGCGACAUCAACUACGGCAACUUCCCUUGCACGGCACAGCUCGGCCGGACAGCGCAUAAGCGUGGGUUUGCCCGAUUGAAAGCUCUUGGCUUACCAUACAUCACUCCCUCUCUCUCUGUCUCUAUCUCUCUCUACAUAUUUACCCCUACCUAUGUAUAAGUUAUUCAAUAUUUGUGUCGUUUGUUUUGAUUGCAAUGCGACUUGGCCUGCAGUCGUCGCUGCAUUGUUAACUGAAAAAAAAAAAACAGUCGACGACUGACGACGACGACGACGACUUUCUGGCACCCACAUCACUCCAAUUCGGUAUGGCAAAUUAAAUAUCAACGUUUUGGCUUUUGAAUCUAAUUUAUGUCUAGAGCUAAUGAUAUUGCCUAAUUUGUGA